AUGGCUACUACUGAAGGCUACACCAAUGUGACAUUAUCAGCAGGAGGAGGAGCAGGAGGAGGGGGUGGAAGUGGGUUAAACAUCACGGCCCUCAGUAUCACCCAAGCUACCCUUCUUGGGAUUUGUUCGUUGAUGAUCGUCAUCAGUAACACCUUUAUCCUGGUAAUCCUAUACAAAGUCAAGAACUGCUUUGAAGACAUGCAACAGUUCGCGUUUAAAGCACUUGCCGUUACAGACUUCCUCACGGGCAUUUUCUGUUGCGGACUGACCAUCAUAGCGAUUAUCUACGGCGCUGGCCAGCCGUUUUCGUCGGUAAUGUGCGCUAUAAGAGGAGCAGCGUGCACAGGAUUGACCAACCUUUCGGCUUUACUCAUUGCCUGCGCCUGUUUUGACCGUUUUGUUGCUGUCAUCUUUCCUCUUCGCUAUUUUAAUCUUGUCACGAUGAAACGCGCAAGGAUUGUUCUUCUGGUCGUAUGCACGAUCGCCGCCUCUAACGGGGCCUUGAGCUUACUACGGGGCAGGACGGUCGCCAAAAACAACUUGUGCCUGUCAGAUUUUUCGUCCGAGCGACUCGCCUUCCGACCAAGCCUGGUGACAAGCCUUCUCAUCUUCUCCACCACUCUCCUCCUCACGUCCAUCUCAAACAUCAAGGUCAUGUUGGUCGCUUCGGGUCAAUCAAAACGUUCUGCAAACGUUGCCCCUAGCGAUAUCACCAACGAGAGUGACACCACCCAGAAAAACGCCAUCCAAACCCGUCGAGGAAGCCUCAAAGCCCUCCGCGUUCUUAUAGUAACUACUAUCGCCUUCUUUAUUGCUAUUUUUCCCUGGAGUAUAGUUUCUGGUUCGCAGUUCAGCCAGAAGACUUCAAUCGCGACGCCUAUGGCCAGGUACGUGUCUAGUCUUUUGCUGAUGUCUAACAGUUGGGUGAACGCCUUGAUUUUUGCCACCUUCAACAAACGGUUUAGGAAAGCAGCCAAAAGAGUGGUGUUUCGCGCCCAGCUGGAUGGAGAGUCAACGAUAUUGGAACAUACUUUAACUUCAGACGCAUAG